AUGGUACACCACUGGUAUGAAUUUGGUAGCAUGACGGCUGCCGCGAUUCCUGUUCCCAAAGAAGCGCUGCAACAGCCGUUUAAUCUGCCGGGUUUCAAGCUGAUGACUUUUAUGCACGAGCACUAUGAAAGGGAGCCCGAAGAGGAGCUCUACAAUGAGUAUCAUGGUGCGAUUAUCUGCCUUGCGGAUACGGAGCUGCUCUUCUCAACGGUAUAUGCCAUUGGCCCAUACACUAUCCCACGAUACCAGGCUUCGUGCAAGAGCAUGAAGCACUUGGAUGCGUUUAUGCCAGCAGGCACCCGAGAGAUCUUGGUCAGCGCGUUUGAGAAGUAUACAGGCCGCAAGCCGGAUGUUGUGCCUGGGUUCUGGGCCAUCGGCUCCACAUCUCAGUACCGUGUGCAACUACACACGACUUGGUCUUUGGGGACAGAUGAAAGAAUCGAUGACGGAGACUGUGACACGUUCGGCUUUGCUGUGGAGCAGGAUGCUGAUGGCAGCGAUGCAGAUUUCAAGUGGCUCAAGUACAAGGUCGACCAAGGCGCAGAUUUCAUUGUGACCCAGCUUUUCUAUGGCAUGGUCUUGUUCCUGGACUGGAUCAAAGAGUGUCGCACCCGCGGUAUCGCCGUUCCCACCAUUCCAAAUAUCAUGCCCAUCGAGAGCUUCGGCGGUUUCGGCCGUAUGACCAGUCGCUGCAAUGCCUUUGUUCUCGAGCGCAUCAAGAACGCACUUGAACCCUUCAAAGAGGACGACCAGGCGGUGAAGGACUUUGGAGUCAAACUGGCGGUCGAGAUGUACAAGGGUAUGCAGGCAGGAGGUAUCAGCGGACUCCACGUUUACAUCCUGAACUUUGAAAAACCAACCUGCCUGAUCCUCGAAGGAUUUGACUUUGUCGCUCCCCGCACAAGCACUCGUCCUUUGCCCUGGAACCGUUCGCUAUCAGAGAAGCGCGAGAAGAAUGUGCGUCCCAUCUUCUGGAAGAUUAUGAUCUAG